CUCUAAAACAUUUUGAGAACAUAAGAUUUGGGAUUAAUCAGACCAGGCCUUAAAAUUUUCUCUUUUAGACCAAUAAAACGGCGUAGUUCCCUUUCUUCGGCCUCCAUGUAGCUUUGCCGGCAUCGUUAAACGAUGAGUUUGUUAGGCUCUCUACCUUUGUAAUGAUACCUUUCAUUCCUACACAAUUAUUUAUUUAUUUAUAUACAAUCUAGAAUAGCGGCGUCUACAUCUUUUGUUUAGGGUUUAUGUAGGGUUUUUGGGAUUCGAUUGAAUUUUACAGUUUCCUGAAUCCUAAUUCUUGAUAUUAUAUCAGUUUCUUGUAUUUUGAUUUCGAUUGUUUGCUUUACAUAUGGUUUUGUGUCAAUUAGUAUUAUUACUGUAGUUUGCAAAGUUGGCUUGUUGCUUAAAUUGACCAAAAUGAAACAGGAAGUAUGUAUUCACAUUAAUAGCAAAGUUAGGCGUUGAAUUUAUUGGAUUAAGAUUACAGAUGAAGAAGGAUUCCCCUCCUAAACAACCUUUGUUUUGCUUGAAGUGGGCAUGGGAUAUGCAGCAACAUUCUGAAAACCCUACUGUUUGUUCCUUGGAGACUCCUUGGAUAUUCAAAUCUAUGCAAAGUCUUGGGUCAAUUGCUUCCGAUUCAUUUAACUCAAUCUCGAAUUCUUGGAUCAGUAACUUUAAUCCGAUCAAAUUGGAUGCUAAAACCCGAACUAACAGUUUGAAAGCCCAAAAGGUGUUGACUCCUGAUGAGCAAGGAGAGGCAGAGCAAAGAGCUUUUGCCUCUGCACUAGCAAGUAUGAAAGAGGCUACAGUUCUUGAAUUCUACUCACCCAAAUGCAGGCUGUGCAACUCUUUGCUUGGUUUUGUCUCGGAGGUCGAGGGUAGGAACUCAAGUUGGCUCAAUAUUGUUAUGGCAGAUGCAGAGAAUGAGAAAUGGUUGCCCGAGCUCCUCCAUUAUGACAUAAGAUACGUUCCUUGCUUUGUACUGUUGGAUAAAAAUGGGAGGGCACUGGCAAAGACAGGUGUUCCAAGCAGUCGGUUGCAUGUAGUUGCAGGUCUAUCACAUCUUCUCAAGUUGAAACGCCCUCAGAGUCAUAAUGGCUAGAAUAAAUUGUCUGUAGAUCACUAUGAAUUGCUCCCCGUGUAAGUUUGCGCAAAGAUGUCAGUUAUGAUCUCCAGAUUAACAUAGUCUUGGGAAAUAUUCUGGGAGAGAGUUUCUCCUGUUAUUGGCUUGGCUUGAUUAUUGUAUUUAGUCUUCUCAACGUCACUUUAUUAUUUGCACCUGCUUAGUAAAUUGUAAUUCAAUCCAGAAGCCUUUGUUAGCUUAGUAAGGGGAGGACAUAGUUCCUGGAAAGGCUCAAGUUGAUGGGCUUGAACUGGUAGGAUGUGAUGCACCUUGUAUGUUCAUCUCUUGCUUUCUUAUGCAAUGAAUGCAGAACAAGCUUACUGUA